GUUUUCUGACAUCAGUACUACACAAGGAAUACUAUUGUAACAAAUUUGAGACUGUAAUUCAGUGGGGUUUUCGAAUGGAAUGGAAGUGUGAAGUCUGACGUAGACAAGCCGUUCAAACUUAAUGGACUCUUUCUCGCACCAGAUGCUUCUCAGUAUAUAUUGUCCAUUGUCCAGCGUGUUGAACCAGGAAAACGCCGGAAGGUUCUACGUAAGCUAGUGGAUACAAUCCUUAAGCAAAAAUUGAAAACAACAAGAUAUCAAGGAAAUUAUGUGAAGCAGCUGUCAAGGAGUGUAGAGCAGAACAUUCCACAGAUAGCACUGUUUUAUACGUUGUUGAUGCUUUUUCAGUAGGAUUCCUGCCCACUUUACCGUUCGUCUUUUAAGGUUCCCUAUUUCCGCUACUCAAAGUCUUUGAAAAAGUUCGUUCCAUUUGCUUCUAACAAAGUGUCAGAAGAACGUUUGAUAUUUCCAGUCUCAUCAGAUGCAAAGGCCUUUUUGUACGCACAUCGCUACGAGGUCAUAUACCAGAGAAUGUUGCGACACCAGGUAUUUUCGCAAACAUCUGCUCUAGAUGGAUCUCACAAUGCUAAUUAUCGUCUUCGGCCAAUUGAAUAUUUACUUGCUGCCGGAUCUAGGAUAGAUUCAGUUGUCGUAUUAGGAUUAAUCAGUCAGCUUCACGAAGGUGACUGGUACGCUGAGGAUCCUUCAGGAAUAGUUCGGUUGAAUUUACGACAAGCUGUUUUUCAUGAGGGACUGUUUCCCGAAGGGUCAGUUUUGUUAAUUGAAGGUUUCUAUGACGAAAAAGUGCUGUACGUCACUGGUAUCGGCCUUCCUCCUUGUGAAUCGUAUGAGUCUUCACUUCGUGCCUUUUCAGUGGGAAAUCCAUUUGGCGGAGGCCCGCCUGAUGCACCUGCAGCACCUCAUGAUGCAAGGAUGCACAAAUUGCUUACAACCACUCAGGCUGGUUCAGACUCUAUGCUUGUACUCUUGGGAGAAACACAUCUUGACAAACCAGAAACUAUGGAUCGGUUGACUACUCUUUUUGGUGGUUAUGCAGCAUGUGCUCCACUUGCAUUUAUAUUAAGUGGUAAUUUCUUGAGUGCAGAUAAUGCUGGAAAGACAUGCACUGAACGUAGAAUAAUCCUGAGAAGAUUAUUACGUCAACUAAUCACAAUUUUCAAGAAUAACUUUCCAGAUACAGAGGCUCAAACCAACUCAGAAUCCAACCAAUCUCCAUCACUAGUGUUGAUUCCUGGUCCUGAAGAUCCUGUUUGUGCCCCCAAACAUAUUUUACCACGCCCUGGUUUACCAGUAGAUUUAGUAUCUAGUGAUAGAGAUCGUUCUACUUCUUGUCCUCAGUGGUUACAUUUAGCUUCAAAUCCAUGUCGUCUACGUGUAUACACACGUGAGAUAGUGGUUUUCCGUAUUAAUUACAGUCGUCUGUUAGUUCGACAUUGUAUUCACUUACCCACACUAAACACUCUAGAUUCACAUAUCGAAAAAAAUGGAAGUAUUGGGAAUUCUAUUGGAACUGAAGAUUCUGAGGUCGUGGUUGACAUAGAUAGCGAAACUUCUGGCAGUGUUCAAUCAGAAAAGGCAAAAGAAACUUCAAAAAGUAAUAAAACACCGUUUGAAUAUCUAGGCCAAUGCCUAGCACGUUGUCUGGCAAGCCAAGCUCACCUUCUACCGGUCUUAGGCCAUAUAGCACCUGUUUACUGGUAUAAUGAUCAAGCUUUGAGUUUGAAUCCAUUACCUAAUUUAGUCGUCGCUGUAGAACCAGAACCGUUGGCUGAUCUAAAUGCCUCAGAACCUGGACUUGUGACCACUGGCAAUUGUCGUUUUGUUAAUCCUGGUCGAUUCGGUCACUUCCAGUUUUCCAGUACAUCAAAACGUCAGAUUACUUAUACUUUCAAGGUUUAUUAUCCAAGGACUGGUAUUGUUGAAGACAGUUGCUUACCGUAACAAUUUAUAUUUAAAUUGUAUGUUUUUCUUCGACAUUAUAUAUUUCCCUCCACUGUUUUGUAUCAUAUCAGUCUUUGUAGGCUAAUAAAGUGGUUAUACUGG